GAGUUACGAGGACAUGCUAGUGGAUGAGGUGGCCCCUGACCGGUACUACUGGGCUCCCCUGGCCCAGCACGAGCGCGGCAGCUUGGCCAGCCUGGACAGCCUGCGGAAGGGAGGCCCUGGGGCGGGGAGCUGGNNNCAGCCGGAGCUGCCGGAGGUGAUCGCCAUGCUCAGCUUCCGCCUCGACACCGUCAAGUCCAACGCGGCCGCCUACCUGCAGCACCUCUGCUACCGCAAUGACAAGGUGAAGACGGAGGUGCGCAAGCUGAAGGGCAUUCCCGUGCUGGUGGGGUUGCUGGACCACCCCAAGAAAGAGGUGCACUACGGUGCCUGCGGAGCCCUCAAGAACAUCUCCUUCGGCAAGGACCAAGACAAUAAGAUUGCCAUCAAGAAUUGCGAUGGGGUGCCUGCUCUGGUUCGCCUGUUGCGGAAGGCCCAUGACAUGGACCUCACGGAGGUCAUCACGGGAACACUCUGGAACCUGUCCUCGCAUGACUCCAUCAAGAUGGCCAUCGUGGAUCAUGCACUACACGCUUUGACCGAUGAGGUGGUGAUUCCCCGUUCAGGCUGGGAGCGGGAACCCAACGAGGACUCCAAACCCCGCCAUAUCGAGUGGGAGAGCUGUCUCUCCCAUGCUGGUUCCCUCCUGCCUGCCAGAAACGUGAGCUCGGAGCGGAGCGAGGCCCGUCGGAAGCUGCGGGAGUGUGACGGGCUGGUGGAUGCCCUCAUCUACAUUGUCCAGUCUGAGAUCGGCCAGAAGGACUCGGACAGCAAGCUGGUGGAGAACUGUGUGUGCCUGCUGAGAAACUUGUCCUACCAAGUCCACCGUGAGAUCCCCCACGCUGAGCGCUACCAGGAGACACCCCUGGCCCCUGCCAACAACACUGGGCCCCACGCUGCGAGCUGCUUUGGUGCCAAGAAGGGCAAAGACGAGUGGUUCUCCAGAGGUAAAAAGCUCCCAGAAGACCCCGGUGCCGAUACAGUGGAUUUUCCCAAAAGAACAACUCCAGCCAAAGGCUACGAGCUCCUCUUCCAGCCAGAAGUGGUUCGGAUAUACAUCUCCCUGCUGAAGGAAAGCAAGACCCCAGCCAUCCUGGAGGCUUCGGCAGGAGCCAUUCAGAACCUGUGUGCUGGCAGCUGGACGUACGGGCGCUGCAUCCGCGCCGCGCUGCGCCAGGAGAAGGGGCUCUCGGCCAUCGCCGACCUCCUGAGCCAUGACAGCGAGCGCGUGGUGAAAGCCGCGGCCGGAGCCCUGCGCAACCUGGCUGUGGACCUGCGCAACAAGGAGCUGAUAGGUAAACAUGCCAUCCCCAACCUAGUGAAGAACCUGCCCGGAGGCCAGCAGACCCCAGCCAAAAACCUUUCUGAGGAUGCAGUGGUGUCAAUCCUCAACACCAUCAAUGAAGUAAUUGUAGACAACCUUGAGGCUGCCAAGAAGCUGCGGGAAACUCAGGGGAUCGAGAAGUUGGUGCUGAUCAACAAGUCUGGGAACCGCUCCGAGCGAGAGGUCCGGGCGGCUGCCCUCGUCUUGCAGACAGUCUGGGGAUAUAAAGAGCUGCGGAAAGGCUGGAAGAAGUCAGAUUUCCAGGUGAACCUGAGCAAUGCCUCUCGGACCCAGGGAGGCAACUCCUUUGAUGACAGCACCUUGCCUCUCAUUGACAGGAACCAAAAAACAGACAAGAAAUCCUCCCGGGAGGAGAUCCAGAUGAGCAACAUGGGACCAGACAACUAUUCCACACUCAAUGAGCGGGACCACAGCAGGACACUGGACCGAUCUGGUGACCUCGGAGAUACGGAGCCAGUGAAGGCAGUGCCCUCGAUG